UCUACGGCCGAAGUAUCUGACGGAUGAUAUAUAGCCAUGGGUGACUCCGUUGGAAUGGUUAGCGAUACCCGAACUUCGCCUGUCCAGCUGCAGCCCAUUCAUACACUCGGUUCCCGAAUCGUCCACUCUCAUAUCCAAGAAUUGGGAACGAACAGGCAACCUCGCCUUCAACGGAUAACGGUUCCGCAGUUAUGUUGGAUUCACAUCGUCCUCCAACGUCGUCGGAGGGGUCGGAUUCCCACUCAACAACCUCUGCGCAAAAGCCCCAUAGCCAUCCCCAUCCCGAUCCUGAACAGCUCCAUCUGGCGCGGACAGUUACCGAAGCUGAUGUGCAAGCACUCCCUUUCCGCACACUCAGUGCCCGUGCCGACCUGGCUGAGUAUACGACGGAGACGGCCGAGGGGCAUAUGGUUCGAGAGGUUCUGUCGCAUGCCACCAACCAGGUCGAACGAUACCAGCUCGUCACUUUCACCAUCAACGACCCAGAGAACCCCAAGAACUGGUCCAAGGCAUACAAAUGGUGGUGCACCAUGGUUGUCGCUGUGACAUGCUUCGUCGUAGCCUUCGACAGUUCCGUCAUCACACCUGGUCUGGAAGGCGUCUCGGAAGAGUUCGACGUCAGCCGCGAGGUUGCACUGCUGACCAUUACCGUCUUCGUGGUCGGCUUUGGCGUUGGCCCCAUGGUUUUUGCACCUUUAUCUGAAGUCGUCGGAAGGCGAAUCAUCUACGGGACCACCCUGCUCCUUGCCGUCAUCUUCACUAUCCCCGGCGCUGUCGCCCAGAACAUCGGUACCCUUCUCGUCACCCGCUGUCUUGCGGGUAUUUCCUUCAGUGCCCCCAUGACACUCGUUGGUGGCACUCUUGCCGAUCUGUGGAAGAACGAAGAAAGAGGCGUUCCCAUGGCCGCUUUCUCCGCUGCGCCCUUCAUCGGCCCUGCGCUUGGUCCCCUCAUCGGCGGAUACCUGUACCAGGCCGCCGGAUGGAGAUGGUUGUACUGGAUUCAGCUCAUCGCUUCCGGGGUCAUCUGGGCUGUCAUCACCUUUACCGUUCCCGAAACCUACGCUCCUACGUUGUUGGCAAGGCGCGCAAAGAAGCUGAGGAAGCAGACUGGCAACGACAAGUACGUAACGGAAGAAGAUCUCGAUCUGCGACCUUUCAAAGAGCGUUUGAUGAUCUUCUUGGUCCGGCCUUUCCAGCUGCUCUUCCUGGAACCCAUCGUCCUCUUCAUCGCCAUCUACAUGAGCGUUAUCUACGGACUGCUGUACAUGUUCUUCGUCGCCUUCCCAAUUGUCUACGUCGAAGGAAAGGGGUACUCGCAUGGCAGCACAGGCUUGAUGUUCAUUCCACUGGCCGUUGGCGUGCUCAGCGGCGCCUUUUGCGGGCCCUUCGUCAACAACCACUAUGUCAAGAUGGUCAAGAAGUACAACGGCAACCCCCCUCCGGAAGUCCGCCUCAUCCCAAUGAUGAUUUCCUGCUGGCUUAUCCCCAUUGGUCUUUUCAUUUUCGCAUGGACCUCGUACCCACGUCUCCACUGGGCGGGUCCUGCCUUUGGUGGCUUCCCCGUCGGGCUCGGCAUCAUCUUCCUCUACAACUCGGCCAACAAUUACCUUGUCGACUCUUAUCAACACCAGGCCGCGUCUGCACUCGCCGCCAAAACGUUCCUUCGAUCAUUCUACGGUGCUGGUACCGUUCUGUUCACCGCGCAAAUGUACGACCGCCUAGGGUAUCAGUGGGCCAGCACGCUGCUGGCCUUCAUCGGUCUGGCAUGCUGUGCCAUCCCGUACGUAUUCUACUACAAGGGUGCGGCUAUCCGCGCCCAUUCGCACUUCGCAUAUCACCCGGAGGAUGAGAAGCAGUGAUUGCGGGUGCUCUUAUCCUGGCCAGAAUGUGGAGGGGAUUAUGCAUGCCCGAAUCCAACCUGACGAUUCCUACGAAUAGACCGGAAUUCUAUGGCUAGUGCAGCCACCCCGCAUGCCCUUGGGCCGCAAUCGUCCGAGUGGCUAUCACCUACCAGCCUGGAGCGCAGCAUGGACUGGCCACGUAGGCUGUGGUACAGUAACUCGAGUACUCCAAUGGUCGACCCACUCGCUGGGUCGAAUCUCGCUGCUAGCUGGAGGUCGCAGAUCUUAGACUCUGAUUAUCCUUCAGCGUAGCAUGCAUUGCAGUUGAUUUUUGGCAUUUUUGGAUACGGUUGAGGCGUCUGAAAAGCAUACUUGAUACCUAGCUACUGUUACAGCAUUUUCAAAAGCAUAGAGGGCUGGUACCGCUAGAAUGCAAGACUAGACUUAGAUAUAUAAUGGAUUGAGA